AUGGAUGAAGUUCGAAAACUGGACAAGAGAAGUCCACUUUAUCAAGUGGACCUUAAACUUACGUCGGAUGAUGACCAACAACUUCGUCAAUUAACCCAUCGUGUAAGAGAAGAGGUCGAUGGCAGCGGCUGGUACCGAAUGGGUAAAUUACUCUUGAAAAUAGGUCAAUCCGGUAAAGCUGAAGAAUUGUAUCUCGCGCUACUAGAACAGACAACCAACGACACUGCUACAGCACGUAUCUAUAAUAUGCUUGGAGAGGUGAAAUACGAACAAGGACAAUACAAAGAAGCAGGAUCAUUCUACAAAACAGCUCUUGAAACGUAUCGAAAAACUCUACCGAAAGAUGAUUCAACGUUGGCUGAAAUUUACCAAAAUAUUGGUGCAGCGCAUUGUUCCAUGGGUAACUAUCCGAAAGCACUUGAAUUUUACGAAAAAUCACUUAAAAUAAGAGAAAAAGUUCUGUCUCCGAAUGAUCCCAAUUUGGCUAGUUCCUACAACGACAUCGGUCUCGUGUAUAACAACAUGGGUGACUACUCGAAAGCACUUGAAUUUUACGAAAAAUCUCAUAAAAUUCUCGAAAAAGCUCUGCCUUCGAAUCAUCCCAAUUUGGCUAGUUCCUACGCUUGCAUCGGUGUAGUGUAUAAAAACAUGGGUGACUACUCGAAAACACUUGAAUUUUACGAAAAAGAUCUCGAAAUCAAGAAAAAAGCUCUGCUUCCGAAUCAUCCCGAUUUGGCUAGUUCCUACAACAACAUCGGUGGAGUGUAUAACAACAUGGGUGACUACUGGAAAGCACUUGAAUUUUACGAAAAAUCACAUAAAAUCUUCGAAAAAGCUCUGCUUCCGAAUCAUCCCAAUUUGGCUACUUCCUACAACAACAUCGGUCAAGUGUAUAACAACAUGGGUGACUACUCGAAAGCACUUGAAUUUUACGAAAAAGAUCUCAAAAUCACGAAAAAAGCUCUGCCUUCGAAUCAUCCCGAUUUGGCUACUUCCUACAACAACAUCGCUUCGGUGUAUGAUGACAUGGGUGACUACUCGAAAGCACUUGAAUUUUACGAAAAAGAUCUCGAAAUCACGGAAAAAGCUCUGCCUGCGAAUCAUCCCGAUUUGGCUACUUCCUACAACAACAUCGGUCUAGUGUAUAAGAACAUGGGUGACUACUCGAAAGCACUUGAAUUUUACGAAAAAUCACUUAAAAUAAGAGAAAAAGCUCUGCCUUCGAAUCAUCCCAAUUUGGCUACUUCCUACGCUUGCAUCGGUGUAGUGUAUAAAAACAUGGGUGACUACUCGAAAGCACUUGAAUUUUACGAAAAAUCACUUAAAAUAAGAGAAAAUGCUUUACCUUCGAAUCAUCCCUCAUUGGGUACUUCCUACAACAAUAUCGGUUUGGCGUAUUUCGGCAAAGAUGACUACUCAAAAGCACUCUCAUUCUUAGAAAAGGCACUUUCUAUCUGGCAAAAAUCACUUCCACAUAAUCAUCCUAAUAUUAAAACAGUUACAAACUCAAUUGACAAUGUAAAAAAGAAAAUGUAA